GUGACGCCACACGUGACCAAUGGCAUCAUUUGGGCGUGCAGGGGCCCUUUAAACCGGAUCUGGAGAACCCAGCUUAGCGAGAGAGGGAUCGACUCCAUGCCGUCCAUAUCGCGCAGAUGUGGUCAGACAUGCCGCUUCCUUCCAUACUCCCUCUCCACCACCCACCCAUCCGUCCUUUCAUCCCUAGACUCGUACGCGCCUGCGUGAUUCCCGCGUGGCCGUGGACGCGGUGACAUGCUGCGGGCAGCUUCGCGUCAGAGCACACCGAGCCGAGGAUGAAAAUGCUCCGAUUCCGCAGUCCCAGCAUCCGCUCCUUGGACCAGGAGAUCCUGUGCACCAUCCGACUGCUGGACGACUCCGAGAUCUCCUGCAGCAUCCAGAGAGACACCAAAGGCCAGUUCCUGCUUGACCAUGUGUGUAAUCACUACAACCUUCUCGAGAAGGACUACUUUGGGAUUCGCUAUGUGGAUCCUGAGAAACAGAGGCACUGGCUGGAGCCAAAUAAAGCUGUGGUUCGACAGAUGAAGUCUCUGCAGCCCUUCACCAUGUGCUUCAGGGUCAAGUUUUACCCCCACGAACCCAUGAAGAUCAAGGAGGAGCUCACAAGGUAUCUGCUGUACCUCCAGUUGAAGAGAGACGUCUACCACGGUCGGCUCCUUUGUCCCUUUGUCGAAGCCGCCUUCCUGGGGGCAUGCAUCGUGCAGGCUGAGCUCGGCGACUACGACCCAGAGGAGCAUCCGUCAGACUACAUUCGAGACUUCAAGCUGUUCCCCAAACAAUCGCUCAAACUGGAGAGGAAGAUCAUGGAAAUACACAAGACUGAGCUCAGGGGUCAAUGUGCCGCCUUGGCAGAACUGAACAUGCUCCAAAGGGCUCACAACCUAGAAACAUAUGGAGUUGACCCUCACCCGUGCAAAGACUUCACCGGCUCUACAGCUUUUCUCGGGUUCACAGCGACUGGCUUUGUGGUCUUCCAGGGCAACAAGAGGAUCCAUCUUCUCAAAUGGGGUGACGUCAGUAAGCUGAAGUUUGAGGGGAAAACAUUUUAUGUCAUCGGUAUUCAAAAGGAGAAGAAACUGGUGUUGACCUUCCACACCUCGACUCCUGCGGCGUGUAAACACUUAUGGAAGUGCGGGGUGGAGAAUCAGGCCUUUUACAAGUGUGCAAAGUCAAGUCAGAUAAAGACGAUGUCGAGUAGCAACAUCUUCUUCAAGGGCAGCAGGUUCCGAUACAGUGGAAGAGUAGCCAAGGAGGUGAUAGAGGCCAGUUCUAAAAUCCAGAGAGAGCCACCUGAGGUGCGGAGAGCUCAGUUCGGCCAGAGCCGAAGCUUUAACUCUUUGAGCCACAAGAACCUCAUCAUGAACAUGGAACCUCUGGUACCAGCACUGCCCUCCACCACCGAGUACGAAGAGGCGGCCAUGGAAAACGGUGCUGUAGCCAUGAAGGACUCGACGACGUUGCCCCCGCUCACACCGUCAACCGCUCCCGCCGACGGUGAACAAACACAAAGCAUCGAUGGAGGCAUCUCUGCGUCAGACCUGUCGUCUCCCCGUGUUGCCAUGGAGACCUCCAAUAUUCCACCUCAGACGCCCAAAGCGGGAAUUGAAAUGGAGGAGGAUGACGAGGCCUCCGGAGCGCUAACCAUCUCUGAGCUUGUGUACAGCCCCUGCGCCAGCAUGCUGCCCACCCCAGUGGAUGACAGCCAGGGAGGCGUCGACCUCCUCUUCUCCUUGCCAGUCCAGAGCCCCGCCAGGCUCCUGAGGGACCUCCACGAUGACCCCGACAUCCAGGCCCAGCUGGAGGCCGAGCGGGAGCGCGACCGCGCCUACGAGCUCACCCGUAUGGCCGUGAGCCGCGCCGGCUUUCCCGGGGUCCUACGCGGCGGCCUUCGCUUGCUGUCAUCCAACGAGAGGCUCAACGCUUGCGUGCUGAGCGUAGCCCGCUUUGUCGCCGUGCUCACGGGCGUCCUCCUGGUCACCGUUCCCACCUUGCUACUGCUGCUGGAAUCCGACCUGGACGUGUCGUUUCUGCACGAGAUCCGCCAAACCCCGGAAUUUGAGCAGUUCCACUACGAGUAUUACUGCCCUCUUCGCCGAUGGAUCGUGUGUAAGGUCAGCAUGGCCAUGGAGCAUCUGUGGUCUGACUAAGAC